AUGGACAUCAUCACCGCCAGCAUCGGGGGCCCUAACGGCUUCUCCGACAACGCCUGGGCCGAAGUAGCCUCCCGCAUCGUCGACCGCGGCGUCCUCGUCACCAUCGCCGCCGGCAACUCAGGCGACUCCGGCCCCUUCUACGGCUCCUCCGGCUCCUCCGGCAAGAACGUCCUCGCCGUCGCCUCCGUCGAGGGCGAGUCUGCGCCGAUGCCAGCUUUCAAUGCCACCUUCGCCCUCCGCAAUGAGACCUCGUCCAGCAGGAUCGGAUACAUCCCUUCCGUGGUGUACUUCCCCGAGUCCGUCGCCGGGUGGCCCAUCUUGCCGCUCGGGCUGGACACUAACGCUACUGCUGAGGCGUGUGAGCCGUACCCGGAGGGCUCACAUAACUUGACUGGGGCUGUCGCGCUCGUACGGCGCGGCGGAUGCGAUGCUAUGACGAAGCAGGCGAACCUCAACGCCCUGGGCGCGCGGUACAUCCUCAUCUACAACAACGAGAGCCCGCUCGCGCAGCUGUACACGGAUGACUACCAGAGCGCGCUGGCUGUCAUCGAGAGGCACUCAGGCGAAGCUAUCGUCGAGGCUGUCAAGGCCGGGACCAGCGUCACUGCCGACUUCUCCGCCGGGCCGAACGACGUCGUAGGGUUACCGCGCGACUUCGCCGGGCUCCCGUCGUCAUUCACAUCUUGGGGCGGGCUGUACGAUUUAGAGAUCAAGCCGGAUAUCGCUGCGCCCGGCGGGGAGAUUUUCAGCGCGUAUCCCACGGAUAGCUUCUCGACGCUUAGCGGGACAAGUAUGGCGUGUCCGUACGUGGCGGGCGUGGCGGCGUUGUAUAUCGGCGCGCACGGCGGACGGACCGUUCACGGGCCGGGUUUUGCCAAGAUGCUUGCGCGGAGGAUCAUUGCCAGCGGGAAGACGGUAAAGUGGUGGGACGGCGCUCUCGACAUGGCGGCUCCGCCUCCGCAGGUGGGCACGGGGCUGGUCGACGCGUUCAAAGUCGUGAACGCCACCACGUCGUUGGAGUUUGAAAAGUUCGCGCUGAACGACACGGCGAACUUUGUCGCUUCUCACGAGGUUGUGGUGAGGAACGAGGGGAGCGGGGAUGUAGCGUAUACGUUCUCCGUGGAGGACGGGGCUGGGAUGGAGAUUCUGCUGCCGCUUGAUACGUCGGUUAGUAGCUCGCCACGGGUGAGGGCGCUGGAGGAGGUUCAGCCGAGGGAGAUGCCGGUUGAGGUUGUUUUGCCUGAGGGGUUUACGCUCAAGGCUGGGGAGUCGAAGACGGUCAGUGUGACGUUCCAAGCACCCGACUUUGGUAACCCGGCAGGAUUGCCGCUGUACAGUGGGAAAGUCAUCGUGAGUGGAAGCAACAAUGAGUCCCUCGCCAUAUCGUACAUGGGUCUCGCGGCAGAUUUGAAGAAGGAGAUGGACGACAUGUACAUGCACGGCUUCCCCAAAGCAACGACGACGUACAACUUUAUCCCUAUUGAAGAGAAGCCUUACUGGACGAAUGAGAUUUGGCAGGAUGAGGAUUGGCUCUGGCUUACCAUUCAGAUGAAGUGGGGAUCCAAGGAGCUCCGAUGGGACAUCUACGAGGCCGGAUGGAACGAGAGCGACUGGAGCUACCCGCCGGCGGUCGGCGAGGACGGUUACAUUGGGUCGGUGGCGUACUACGACCGGUCCGACACCGAGUACUGGAGCCCGUUCUCGGACUCGAGCGGGCCGUUUGACGUGAUCCCGUUCCCGCUGGAGAACGUGCACCGGAACGCGAUCUACACGUCGUACCGGCAUACUUUCUUCUGGUUCGGCGUGCUGGCGAAUGGGUCGCAGAUUGAGCCUGGGAACUACACGAUGCGAUUCGCUGCCCUCAAGCCGUUUGGGGACCCGGCCAAGUCUGAGGAUUGGAGCAUCUGGAAGUCUCCUCAGGUUUCCAUCCUGGGAAAGUUUGGGCCGAGUCCUUGGGGUUGA